GUGCUCGGAGCAAGUGCCACGGCGGCUGACGGCGGCGGGGGCGCGCGACUAGGCUCGGAGGGCAUGGGCGCUCGGGGCCUCGAGUGAUAGUGUUUCUGGGCGCGGGAGUGUGUGUUCGGGCGGCAGUCGACCCGCCCAUGUCCCUUACAGCUCAGGAGGUGGUGGAGCGCGCGGGCGUGGAGUUGUCCAAGUGUAUCACGGGCCUGGGACUCCGCUCCCGCAGCAAGGACAAGGACAUCCGCGACGGCCCGGGGGCAAGCGGAGGCAGCGGCGCCGAGGGCAGCAGGAUGGGGUCCGUGCGGCGGGGGGGCGUCAUGGAGAAGGUGGCCAACGUGCUGUGCGGGAACAGCGUGGCCAGCAGUGGACUCGUCAAUGGCAAGGCCAAGAUGGACAAACCGAUUCCGCCGGAGAAGCCGAGUCGCUUCCUGCUGGGGAAGGUCCGGAACGGCGUCCCGGCGGGGCCCUCGGGCAGCCCCCUGGUGCCCUUCAACGGCCACCAGGGGUCCCCGCGCCCCCUGCGCGCAGCCAGGUCGCCGGCGCACCUCCUGCGGGGGCAUCGCUACCUCACGUGGGACGAGCUGAUCCGGGACGAGACGUUCCUGGCCAGGUUCUUCUCGUACUUCUCGCCCAUCGAAAGGACGGUGCUGGCGCAGGUGUGCCUGCGGUGGCGCGCCGUGCUGUACCAGCCCAAGUUCUGGCACGGCGUGCGCCCCGUGCUGCACUGCCGCGAGAUGCGCCACGCCAACGUCGAGCUCACCACCGACAUGCGGCGCCGCUUCUACGUGUCGGUGCAGAAGCGCGGCUUCGACUCCCUGGUGCUGAUGUGCGCCAACGACGAGGACCUCAUGGACCUGGUGGCCAACUACGCCGUCAACCACACGAAGGCGCUGCGCUCCGUGGCGCUGCGCUGCUCCAACGUGUCCGACAAGGGCCUGGAGACGCUGCUCGACCACCUGAACGGCGUGUACCAGCUGGAGCUCCAGGGCUGCAACGACGUGACGGAGGCCGGCCUGUGGGCGUGUCUCAACCCUCGCAUCGUGUCCCUGUCUGUGGCCGAUUGCAUCAACGUGGCCGACGAGGCCGUGGGCGCCAUCGCCCAGCUCCUGCCGUCGCUCUACGAGCUCAACCUCCAGGCCUAUCACGUCACGGACGCCGCCCUCGCCUUCUUCAGUCCGCGGCAGACGUCCACGCUCUCGAUCCUCCGCCUCCACUCGUGCUGGGAGCUCACUAACCACGCCAUCGUGAACAUAGGUAUGUCCCCACGUGGCUUUUUGCAUAAACAUUGGCUGUUGUUGGAGCGGGUUCACGGGGAAUGGAGAGCGGCCGCUGUGUUUUCAUGGUCUGUUGUGGCCGCGGCGCUGGUGCAUUCCCUUUAA